AUGUUAAAGUGUUGUGCGUGGUUUUUGUUUGUUUCUACUAUCGCAACUACAGUUCUCUGUCAAGAAUUUCGACUGUCUUCACAAAAUGAAAAUCAGGAAUUGUCAGUGCUACAAAAACACGUUUUUGCGGACCGCAUUGAGAAAGGUAGUAUAACCGUGAAGAACUGCAGUGUGGAGAAAAUAGAGCCUGAGGCUUUCUACAAUGUGAACGUGAACAAAAUUAUCAUUACGGACAAUGUAUUUACGUAUUUGAGAAGGAGAAUGUUUUCGCAUGUGAUGGUGGAUGAGCUGUAUCUGGACCAUAACAAGAUCGACAGUAUAGAACCUGGUACCUUCAACUACGUCAUGCCCGUGUAUGAUGAUGCCUUGCAAAUUUUGUCGCUGACUUACAACAAGCUACAAGUAGUGACCAGAGGAAUGUUCAGUGGGACUAAUUUUAGAAAAGUGCUGCUUAACUACAACGAAAUCGAGUCCAUCGAGUUUGGGUCGUUUGAACACAUGCCUUACUUGCUUGCUCUGGGUCUAAAUGGAAACAAACUCCAAUCGCUAGGUGCUGGAAUCUUUACCAACUUAAGAAACCCUUUGUUUUUAGCACUCGCUGAAAACAACAUGAAGUUCCUACAUAUGAGGGCCUUUGAAAAUUCAACCAUUAUGAGUUUGGACUUACAGAAGAACAAGUUAGGAAAAAUUACUAGAGAAAGUUUUGUUAACACUCAAAUUGGGUGGUUGUAUGUUUAG